AUUGCUAUGAUUUGAUUGUGUAUAAAUAAAAAAAAAGCUUAGUAACACACCUUCAAUGGCUCUCUCUUGUCACACUUUCAUCACUCCCUCUACACCUUAUUCUCUUCACAUCAACCGUUCAUCACAUCUUCCCCAUCGAGUUUCUUUUACAAAAGCUUCAUUAAGCUCUUCUUCAUCUGAUUCAAAAGCACCAUCACCACCACAAAGUGUGCCAUCUAGGCCAACCGAACCUGCCUUUAACUAUGCAUUCAACAACACUAACGGCAACCCACUUGUUAGGAUGGUUCAAAAUACCGAGUCUUCCAUUGAAAGGGUAAUUUUUGACUUUCGUUUCUUGGCACUCCUUGCUGUUGGAGGUUCCUUGGCUGGCUCACUCCUCUGCUUUCUAAAUGGCUGUGUUUAUAUUGUUGAAGCAUACAAAGUCUAUUGGACAAGUUGUGUCAAAGGAGUUCACACUGGAAAGAUGGUUCUGCUUCUAGUUGAAGCAAUUGAUGUUUAUCUUGCUGGUACUGUUAUGUUGAUUUUUGGCAUGGGCUUAUAUGGAUUGUUCAUCAGCAACACACCUCAUGAUGUGCAACCUGCUGUCGACCGUGCCCUUAAAGGAUCCUCUCUCUUUGGAAUGUUCGCUUUGAAGGAGAGGCCUAAGUGGAUGAAAAUCAGCUCACUUGAUGAACUGAAAACAAAAGUAGGGCAUGUUAUUGUAAUGAUUCUUCUUGUAAAAAUGUUUGAGAGGAGCAAAUUGGUUGUAAUUGCCACAGGAUUGGAUUUACUAAGUUAUUCAGUUUGUAUUUUCUUAUCAUCUGCAUCUUUGUAUAUCCUUCAUAAUCUGCAUAAGCAAGAUUAGAAUAUACUAGCAUUGUAAUAUUCUCAAUUCAUAUAUGUAAGUAAACACUCAUAUGGUCCAGAAUAUUAUUGCUGAAAAUUUCUUUUGUUCA